UGCUUCAGCCUCAGCAGAUAACCUCCUCAUCGUGUGGAACGUAGCAGAGAAAAAGGCGGUGGCGCGACUCGACAACACUAAAGGUAGCUGGAUCAUCCACGCCGGGUUGUUUCUGCACAGAAUCUGUAAAGCCUCACAGCCUCUUCCUGUUUCUCAGGCGUCCCUGUGUCAGUCAGUUGGUGCUGGAACUCGGCCGACGGAGUGGCGUUCGUCUCCCAGCGCGGUCCGCUGUACAUCUGGGUCUACCGAGGUCCCGAUCCUGGGGUCACGGUGCAUAAAGAAGCCCACUCCUUCCUGUCUGACAUCUGUCUCUUCAGAUGGUACCCCACCAAGAAGGGGAAACUGGUGUUUGGACACACAGACGGGAGCCUGUCGGUGUUUCAGCCCGACCAAUACGGGCUUGGAGUGUGUGGACGUCUGGAGGUCUGUGAUCUUACAACAAGUGUCAUUCCCCUGAAAAGAGAAGGAAUGUCAGUGGAUUUUAUUUGAAAUCACAAUAAAUUAUAUUUACACAAAAAUACUUACAGGGAGUAAAAGCCAAAAGCACGUGCUUCGUCCGGAGUCUUUAGAGGGGACGGAUGAGGAGGACCCUGUCAGUGCCUUGGAGUGGGACCGACUGUUUACUAGUGUCUAACCUCCAUAACGGCAUCCGGCUGGUGGACAGCGAGGCCUUGGCCUGCAUCACGUCAUUCUGCUUCCCCUCAGCUGCCGCGUCCGUGCAGUGUCUCGCCUGGGUCCCGUCUGCGCCCGGCAUGUUCAUCACCAGAGACUCGCAGGUCGGCGUGCUGAGAGUGUGGAACGUGUCUCGCUCGACUCCGCUGGACAGCUUUAAGCUGAAAAAGAUGGGAUUUCACGCUUUGCAUGUCCUCAACUCCCCACUGGCCAAGAAAGCUCAGAGCUCCUGCUCCCCCAGUAAGAGUUAGUACACCAGUUCCACCAGUGAGGCGGUCCCUCCCCCGACCCUGUCGCAGAACCGCUCCUUCUCUCUGCCUCCGGGCCACGCCGUCUGCUGCUUCAUGGACGGAGGCGUGGGGCUCUAUGACAUGGGAGCCAAGAAGUGGGACUUCCUGCGAGACUUGGUAUUCUGUGGCAUCCUCAAAUGUGAGUGACAAAAAAGGAGCUUCAGCUCACUGUGUCGCUUCUUCUUCAGGACCACAUAGAAACCAUCUUCGACUGCAAGUUUAAGCCCGAUGAUCCCAACCUGCUCGCCACAGCCAGUUUCGAUGGAACCAUCAAGAUCUGGGACACAAACACUCUAACAGCUGUUUACACCUCCCCUGGAAACGAAGGAGUGGUCUACUCCCUGUCCUGGGCUCCGGGUAGGCUAGCUGCACGCACGCACACAAACACACACAUGCACGUACACACACACACACACACACACACACACA